AUACUUACAGGAUCAGCUAUCUGCGCCCUAGUGGGCGCGUUAUCUAAUUCAGACUACAAAAAAGGCAUCGCAACCAUCGUCACUGGUAGUACGGACCAGGUCUCCCGGUGGAGCACGUUACUGCACAUCGCUAUAAAUGUCCUCAGCACACUGCUUCUUAGUGCGAGCAACUAUGCGAUGCAAGUGCUGACGGCACCGACACAUAAAGAGUGCGUUCAAGCACGCCGGCAGGGAAGGUGGCUAGAUAUUGGCAUUCUCAGCAUGCGCAAUAUCAAAUCCCUCACAUUGCGGAGGAAAGUGCUUUGGUUCGCUCUAUGCACAUCAUCUCUCCCCUUGCACUUACUUUACAACGCCAGCAUCUUUCAGGUGGUGACCGCAAACGACUACAGCAUC